AAAUGUCCAGGAGAUGUUGAUUUUCAUAAUAGUGACUGGGACAUUAAGACAAUCACCAGCUCCUUGAAAUUCUACCUCAGGAAUCUUUCUGAACCUGUCAUGACCUAUAGACUUCACAAAGAGCUGGUCUCUGCUGCCAAGUCUGACAACCUGGAUUAUCGGCUGGGAGCUAUUCAUUCCUUGGUAUAUAAGCUACCAGAAAAGAACCGAGAGAUGCUGGAACUUCUUAUAAAACACUUGGUCAAUGUGUGUGAGCACAGCAAAGAGAAUCUUAUGACCCCCUCUAACAUGGGGGUGAUCUUUGGGCCCACUCUCAUGAGAGCUCAGGAGGACACUGUGGCUGCCAUGAUGAACAUCAAAUUCCAGAACAUUGUGGUGGAAAUCCUAAUUGAGCACUUUGUCAAGAUUUAUUCAGGUCCACCUGAGGAAAGUACUGCACCCCCAGUGCCUCCACCUCGAGUGACAGCAAGAAGGCACAAACCAAUCACAAUUUCGAAGCGCUUGCUGAGGGAAAGGACAGUUUUCUAUACUUCUUCCCUGGAUGAAAGUGAAGAUGAAAUCCAACACAGAACACCAAAUGGUACUAUCAUCAGCAGUAUAGAACCCUCCAAGAUGCCACAACACCCAAAAAUGCCUAUGCAGAGAAGUGGGGAAGCAGAUCAUGGGAGGAAAUCCCCAAGCAGGCCUGUUUCAGAUGGCAAGUUGGAGUCCUGCCUCGAGGUGGAUGUGGGGAAGUUGGUAUCUAGGCUGCAGGAUGGAGGGACCAAGGCCAUACCAAAGGCCACCAAUGGACCUGUGCCAGGCCCUGGGCCCACUAAGGCCUCCUCUUUCCAUGUAAAGAGACCAGCUCCUCGGCCCCUGGCUCACCACAAGGAGGGAGACUCUGACAGUUUCAGCAUAGUGCGGCCUCCAGGAGAAAAGCCAACCAUCAUCCGACCCCCAGUGAGGCCUCCAGAUCCUCCCUGCCGGGCAACUACUACCCAGAAACCAGAACCAAAGCCAGAUAUAGUGACUGGCAAUGCAGGGGAAAUCCCAUCGUCUGUGGUGGCUUCCAGGACCAGGUUCUUUGAAACAGCUUCCCGGAAAACAGGAAGUUCUCAAGGCAGAGUUCCUGGAGAUGAGAGUUGAGGCCUCAGGUUUUAAAAGCCUUGGCCUCAGGGGACCCUUUCCAGGUUCUAGAAGAGUCUUCUUCAAACCCUUGUGUGCUGAAGAGCAGAUCUUUCCUGGCCCUGCACCUUCAGGCUCUGGGAUGCUAUAAAAUAAGGGACACACGUCCUAGACACAAGUUUAUUUCUCCUUUGUAUUCUGUCUUCAUUCCCUCAGAAGGUCUAUCUUGAGCUCCUAUAAGACUGUGAAUGGCUGAACUCCCUCAAGCCAGACUGCAGAAACCAAGCUAUCCACCGACCUGAGUCGAAGAGAGGAGCUCAGUUUUCAACUCUUCUCUGAACUUCCUGCCUUCUCAAAAGGCCAUCUAGCUCUGAAAGAUUUGAGACUAAAGAUUUAUCUCAGAAGUCUUACCCUGAACCAGAAGUUACUUGAGUUGGGUCCAUUGCUUACCUUGGAAGUAGGGGAGUAGGAAUGUUUGCUGAACUUUCGAGAAUCUCAAUAUGUCUCUUACUGAGGAUAUGGACCCUGGUGCCAGUUUGGAGCUUUGGCGCUGUAAUAUAUUGCCAAGAAUGUGUCUGCUCUUAUGGGACCAGACAGAAUGAGUGAUGCCCCCACAAUCCCUCCAAGUGGACUCAGGCCUUCCUGCUUCUGCAUACAGCCGCUUAGGACAAAUCUGCAAAGCAUGUUUUACAUGUCAAAGCCUAGGUCUGUUUGAAUUAUUCCUCCUCCUGUUUUCUCCUGACAGCUUCCUUUCCAAGCAAUCAAGAAAGAAACAAAAGCUGAAGACAGUUCUUUUAAAAAAGGCAGACUGUGUUUGUUCUGCAGGAGUUCCAUUUUUGGGUCAAAUGCUGGGGAGAAUUGUUAAGAUGGAUUGAGGCCAGGCAGUUGUCACUGUUGCUUCAUGUCUGCCUUAUGCAGAUAAGCUGUUUUAUCACCUGAAAGAAACAGUUCUUAACCCAAUAUCUGUGGAUUCAGGAACUUCAUAAAGCCUCUGAAAUGGUAUGCCUUUUCAAUGUGCCUUUUCUGAGGAGAUGGUCCAUAACAUUCUAGUGAAUUUCAAAUUGGGCCUGUGACACAAUAAAGGUUAAGAACCACAGCCUUUGAGAUAAAAGACUCUUUUUAUGACCUAUAAAAUAUUUGAUUAGAAAGGCCUUUCAGAAUUAUUUAGUCUAACUCCUUAGUUUACCUUUGGGGAAACUGAGGCAGAGCAAGUUAGCAGCCAUGUGUAAACAAGAUACCACAUCCCUGGGCACCUACACAAGGUUCUUUCCAUUACACCAUGCUUAUCUAGCAAGGGGCCUUAUGAUUGGUCGCUUUAAUGGCCAUCAUUUUGAGGAUCUGGCUUUUACCCUCUUUCUUGGGCUACACAUAUUUGCCACCAAAUGGGACUUCCAGACAUAAGCUCCUGGUCUUCCUCAUUUGCUAUUUCAAUCAUUGGAAAGGAAUUAAAACACAGUUAGUGUAGUGAGUCAGAAAUCUGACGAGUAGACAUUUCUGAUUCCUGUUUGUUGAAGAGAAGCUGCUGGAGAAAGUGUCAUCUCUUGUUUCCACACAGGUGCCUUGGCUUUAGGGUGGGCUUUAAGAUAGCCUGUCUUUAGGGUCUGUGUAAUUAUAAUGUGGUCCAGUGUGAGAGAAAGGACUUUCCUAUUGGACUCUUAUAGCCAGGCCCCACUAGUGCACUGACUAUAGUACUGAGAAAGAAGCAUAGACAUGGGGAGAGGGGAGGUGAGAGAGAGGGUAAGGGAGAGGGAGAUGAGAAAGAGAAUGCACCCAUGCCCAAACCAACUCUGAGAUGCCUUUGGAACAGUGUUACUGAAAGGCAAUAGCUACUUUCAAGAUUGAACUCUAAAUAUGGCUUAUUGAUGAGUUAGUAACAUGUAAGCUAAACACACUGAGAGCCUUUGUGGAAGUAAUUGAGUAGCAAUUUGAUGACAUUCUUAAUGACGAUGUACCCAGGUGGCCAUAUUGAACUCUCAGCUCUACCCAGUCUCAAAGGCAAAUUUGCUAAAAAAACCAGGAGAAAGUAAGCCAAGUGGGCACCAUUCUACCUGCUGCUCACCCUCAAAGGGAAUCUCUGUGAGACCUACUAGCCUCACUCAGGAAGUACUCAUUGAGCCACAGUCUCAGAGCUGUGGCCUCUCUGCUCUGUCCCAUUAGAUGACUAGCUAAACAAAGCAGGUGUGCAGAUUUUAGCCACAGAAGCAGUGGCCAAUGGGGCCUCAGUACCUUUGAAGAUAUUAGAGACAUGAUUUCACUCUGGUUUCCUUGGGGGGAAAUUCCACAGUCACCACUACAAAUAUUGAGAGAUUAUUGAGAACCAGAGAAAGCCACCACAAUUCCAGUAGAAUAUGUGUCCCAGAAAUGUGGCUGUGAGAUUGCUAUGUGUUUCCUGGGACACAGAUCUUUAGGCCUGGCCUAAAGAGUUGGGAUCACCAGUCUGACUGGAAGCCAAGGAGCAGUGCCUGGCUGGCUCUACCCCUGCCCUGGGCUAUACCCAAAGAAUGAACCUCAGCACCUACCCUUUUGUUCUCUGAUUUAAAGAGCAAAAGCUUCUGUGGAAUGAGACUGGCUUGUCCUAGGCUUGAUGGAUGGAUAGUCAUUCAGAAGAGACUAUGGGAAGGGGGUGAUAAUUGAAGCGUGUCAAUUGUAGGAAAUUAUCCGCAUACCUCGGCCAGCAGGUAGGAGAAACUGGCAAUGGAUGAACUGUAAAUGUUGAGCUGUCAGUGAUAACAUUUAUUAAGCACCUACUAAGUGCUAGAUGCUUCAUAUACAUUAUAUCAUUUAGUCCCUACAAUAAUCAUGCAAGUGGAUGCUAUCCUCCUCAUUUUACAGAUAAAGGAUUUAUGACCCAGCAGGCUAAAAUUAACUGGCUCAAGGUCACACAGAAAGUAAAUAACAGAAUUAUUAUUCUAAUCCAGCUUUCUCUGACUCUGCACUCCAUGUUGUUUUCCCUUUGCCAUAUAAAGGCCAUAAUACUGGAGCUGACCUACUUAACAAAAUAUUAAAAGGCAAGUAUUUGAGGGGAAGGAGGGGAUGAAGGUCCAGUUUACAGGGGAAUAAAAACUGGGCUGAAAGA